AUGGCGGCCGAAGUAGAUCUAAAUUUUCUUGGAGCUACUUUAGCAAGAUUAAACAAAGAAGAUUUAGUGUCAAUUAUUCUCAGCAGGCAAGUGGAAAUGGAAAGUGUCCCAAAAAUGUCUGAAGCAACAGUAGAAAAACUUAAGCAAAUGGUCAAGUCACAUCUCUUACCCAAAACAACAGAAGUAUUAUCAAUUGAAGAACAUAGCAAUAAACAAACAGAUAAAACCAAAGAGUUAUUGGAAAAAAUGGUAUCACAGCUGGAGAGCAGAAUAACUGAACAGAGUAACAUUAUUAAACAUUUCGUGGAGACAAACAAACAACAGCAAAGUGAGGUUAAAAGCACAUACAAAUCAAUUUUGACAAAAAAAGAUAAGGCUAAGGUGGAAAACAGUAAAAGUAAUGAAGAAAUCAAUCAAUCAAGCAAAAGUUUUAAUACACACGGUGACUUAAAAGAACAACAAAAUGCUAACUUAAAAGAAAUUGAAAAACAGCAGUCUGAGUUGGCACAAAGCAUUAUUAACUUAACAAAACCCGAUCAAAAAACAGAAAUAUCCCAUAAAAAAUACACAAAAAGAUUUGGAACUGAGAAAGUGGAGGAAAAAAACAAAGAAACUGGGUUUGUUGGAGCCGACAGAAAAGCCUGGUUAUACAUAUAUAAUGUUAAAAAUCAUGUAAGCACUGACAUGAUAAAAAAGUACUUAAAAGAUAAAUUGCAAAUGGACUUAAAUUUAAUAGAAUGUUAUAACAUAGAUGGAGAUAGCAAUAAACCAAAAAGAUUCAAAGUGGGGGCCCCAAUGGACAAAAAAGAUCAGCUAUACCAAAAUAGUUUCUGGCCAGAGGGGGUGGGAAUAAAAAGAUUUCGAUUUAAUAAAAAUUCAGAAAAACCACCAGCAAAUUUUUUAUAAAUAAGAAAAUAACAUUUAAUCAGAAAACAAUAACAAUUUUACAUCAAAAUACUCAAUCCAUCGGUAACGCUCAUAACCAACUUCAGGAAAUGCUGGAAAAUGAAGUGAAAUGUGAUGUGGUGUGCCUGACGGAAACUUGGAGAACAGAAAAUGAAAUGAAAACAUACAACCUAAAAAAUUUCAAGUUAUUGUCAGCAUUUGGCAGGGAAAGCGGACAGCACGGAGGUGCAGCCAUAUAUGCAAAGUCAAAUCUAAUAGGGAAAGAAAGAAAAGACGUUAAAAUACUAUCAAAACCAAUGUAUAUAGAGUGUGCAGCAGCAGAAAUUACAAUAGAAAAGGUUAAGUAUAUUGUUGUUUCAGUGUAUAGGCCUCCAGGAAAUUCAAAUAUUUUUUUUACUAGAUUGGAACAAAUUUUAAAUCUCUUAAGCAUUGAAAAUAAAAAUAUUAUAUGUGCAGG